AUGGGCUCCCUGGUUGCCCUGGUGGUCUUCAUGGCUCUGAUGGCCCCUCCAGUCCGCUCUUUCCCGCGUGGCUCCGCUGGGGUCCCCCCCAAAGAUCUGGAGAGCUCUGGCACUGGACCCGAAGACCCAGCUCGGGGGCCCGUCCGCCUCCAGAAGCCCAGUCCGUUUGUCCUGAUGCGGUUCCCGGGCUCCGUUAGACCUCACGCGCACGGUGGGGGCGCGCGCAGCCGGGGCCCUUUUCCCGCCUUUUUGGCGCUGGGACGUGCGGGACCCUCUGAGACCAGCAGGAGGCAGCAGAGCCAGGAGAUGUGGAAGAGGGGCAUGAGGAGAGGGGAGCAGGACGGAGAGCGCGUGGCCUUAGCCGCCCGCCCCAGGGACGCGGACCUGACGGAGCAGAGCUGCGCGGCGGUGCCCUUCACUCAGCGCAUAUCCGAGCCGGGCUGCGAGCCUCUCUCCUUCCAGAACAAGCUCUGCUUCGGCCACUGCGCCUCCCUCUUCGUGCCCCCCAGCGGGGGGUCUGGGGGGCCCUUCAGCUCGCCCUGCUCGCGCUGUGCCCCCGUCAGAGCGCGCUCCGUGCUCGUGCACCUGCGCUGCGGCGAGCGGGCGCGAGAGAAGCGCGUGAUGGUGGUGGAGGAGUGCAAAUGCGAAACAGGCCGAGAGGACGCGCGGACUGAGAGAAUGGACACGCAUCUAUGA